AUGGGAGUCGACGGGACGCAGGAGCAGGCGCCCGCUGCCGACGGAGGCUUCAAGCUCAAAUUCUGCACUGUGUGCGCAAGCAACAACAACAGGUCAAUGGAAGCGCACCUGCAGCUUUCCACCGCCCACUUCCCCGUCAUCUCAUUCGGCACGGGCUCCCUUGUCAGACUCCCUGGACCAAGCAUAUCGCAGCCCAACGUUUAUUCCUUCAACAACACCACCUACGACGCCAUGUACCGCGAACUCGAGCACAAGGAUGCACGGUUAUACCGCGCGAAUGGCAUCCUCAACAUGCUCGAUCGUAAUCGAAGCACCAAGCGCUGCCCGGAACGGUGGCAGGACUGGCGGGUAGGCGUGCCUCGCAUCAGCCACAAGGAAGACAAAGGCGCCAUGGGUGUCGAGGGCGGCGUUGUUGACGUCGUGAUUACGUGCGAGGAACGAUGCUGGGAUGCUGUCGUUGACGAUCUACUCAAUAGGGGCAGCCCGCUCAAUAGACCGGUGCAUGUGUUCAACGUGGACAUCAAAGACAAUCACGAAGAAGCGCUGAUCGGCGGUAAAGCCAUUCUAGACCUUGCUACACGCUUGAACGAGGCUGCCCAUGAGGAAAGAACCAUGAAAGGGGCAGAAGAAUGGGAUCGGGGCCAGGGCAGAGCUCGUAUCGGGUUCGACGAGCGCGUACCGGACAUUCUUGGUGAAUGGCAGGCGCGAUGGCCGCACCUACCCGCCUUGUGGACGCUAGCUUGGUUCUGA